AUGCCUAAGCUAGAAGAAAGCAUUAAACAGAGAAUACGAAUGAAUCGGGAAUUCAGAGGAGCUCCAGGAAGGGAAAAAGAGCCCAUAGACGCUUGGAUAUGCUCCAGCUGUAGAAGCACUUUUGCAACUUUUGCUUUGCUGGAAUCUCACCAGUGCAUUCAUAAAGACCGAGUCCUUACCACGAGGUUCAGACCGUCAAAUAAAUUGGGACCCAUAAAAACAAAAAGCAAACUCAAAGGGAAACUGAGAGGAGCAGCGUUAGGCAAAGGCAUUGCUCAGUGCUUCGGGACCAUUUCUUGUUCUUCUGCUGCAAAGCUUAGCUGUGCUGGCUCAGGAAGCACUUGUGAUGCUCUUGUGAGGUUUAUACCUAAAUGGAGAAAUGGCCGGUCUUCACUGUUGAAGAGAAGAGAAGUGAAGCAGCCAGACAGUUACCCUUGCCGACUCUGUGGGAAGACGUUUGAUUCCAUUGACAAGCUCACAGUCCACACUUACGUGCACAAAGGGGAGCGCCCCUACAAGUGUUCACAACACGGAUGCACAAAAGCCUUCAUUUCCAAAUAUAAACUGCUCAGGCACUCAGCCACUCAUUCGCCACAGAAGUCUCACCAGUGUGGCUACUGUGAAAAGACCUUUCACAGGAAAGACCAUCUAAAGAAUCACCUUCAGACUCAUGACCCUAACAAGAUGGCCUUCAAGUGUGAAGAGUGUGGCAAGAAGUACAACACCAAGCUAGGCUAUAAGAGACACUUGGCUCUUCAUGCAGCCACCAGCGGGGACCUUACCUGCAGGGUAUGUGCCCAGGAGUUUGGUGGCACUGAAGUUUUGUUGGAACACCUCAAAAGCCACGCAGGGAAACCAACUGGCAAUAUGAAGGAAAAGAAACACAAGUGUGACCACUGUGAGCGUCACUUCUAUACCCGUAAAGAUGUACGGCGUCACAUGGUAGUUCACACAGGCUGCAAAGACUUUCUAUGCCAGUUUUGUGCCCAGAGGUUUGGGCGGAAGGACCAUUUGACUCGCCAUACUAGGAAGACUCAUCCCCAAGAACUGUUGAAAAGCAGGUUGCAGAACGGUGACUCAGUGGGUCUCCUUGACCAGCUUUUUCCAUUCAGACUGAAGGAAGAUGCCAGCAUAAUGUCCCCUUUUCCUGAAAGGGUCUCUGUGCAGAAUGGGAUUUUGAAUAGUUCAGAAUCAGAGGAAUACAACUGUCCACAUCUUCAUUCCCAGACAAGCUUACAAACUGCUCUUCCUCUUGAACCUUCUCCUCAUUUGCAAAGAAUGGGCUCUGCAGACAGCCUUCCAGGUGUCCAUCCCACAUCAUGCUCAACAGCUGUUCCUGCCAACCUGAACCUUCAUCAGCCUAAUAAAUAUGACCUUAGUUCUACCUCAUUUGCAGCAGGAUCCCUCAAGAACCUACCGAUAAAAGUGGAUGUUAAAGGUUACAAUGUGCAUCUUCUUGAGGACCUGCUGUUACCAGAACCUCAGUCUCUCCACAAAAUCAGUCUGGAAGAAGCUUCCUCAGGGCCUGUAGGGGAUACUAACAAGUACCCAGUGCACAAGGAGACCGAGGCAGUAGCUGAAACUACAAGCCUGCCUUUCAUGGAUCUCACUCAUGUGAUGAGUUUCUGGCAGCUCCCCCUAGGUGACAACCAGAACGCUACUGGGGACAUCACAAUGGCAUUUGGUCCAGAGGAACCAUCACACAGGCUGAAUGGCCUUGGCCAACAGCAAGGUCUUCAGCUAGCAAGUGGUGGCAUGGCCAUAAACCAGCUGCACCAUCUUCCUCGCUCCUUUCCAUCCACUACAAAUUCUGUAACGUUGCCUCAUUUUCACCAUGCCUUCAAAUAACUUCACUGUGGGUUUGGGUUUUUUUUUCUUUCUUUUUUUAAGACUGUGCUUCUUACUUAAAUCUGUUAGGAUUAGGUGGUUUUGGUUUUGUUUU